UUCGUCAUCAGCAAAAUGCAAAAGUGUAUAAAUUCAGCAGUAGAAUUCGCCGAAUGUCAGUUUUAUUUUGUUCAUUCGCGAAUCCAUAAACAUAUUCAUGAUUGUCAAGUUUAUGAUAUUGGCAGUGAUCUUCACUGCAGUUUCAGUUAACGCUGAAAUUUUAAACGCCAAUGAUGCGCAAACGUGCGUGAAUCUCUGCACCAGCUGUCAAGGUACAGCAUCCUUCGUAGAUGGAUACUGUGAGUGCUAUGUUCCUGCUGGAAGUGAACAGGGCGAAUGCAUAACACGAAUUAAGAGACAGGCGAACGAUUUGGGAAUGGAUUUCAUGGACUGUGAAGCUGCUACUGCAGAGAGACCAGCCAGGUGUAACUUGAGGUCACAUCAUCUCAGAGCAACUGAUGGUGAUCGCAUAGCCAAAUACUUCAUGAGAGGUGGUCCUGUCGUAGGAUCUCCAAUGAUUCAAUCACAAUGUGGCACUGAUAAUGUGGUGAGUGCACCAAAUCCCCAACCACAGACCCAACCAGAAUCAGUGGGAUGCCCAGAUUCUCAGCUAUCUUUCACUCCAAGCUCAGACAGCAUCGUCGGUGCACCACUCGUGCCAUACAACCUUCAACGUCCAUUAUAUAGACAAUCUUUAAAAGCACCUCAACCACAUCACUGGCCAACCUUGGCCCCAUCUAUGCCAUUAAGGUUCACUCCUAUUUCUUCUCCAGUGUAUUUUCCUGUUCAAUCUCCUCUUCAUUAUUCUUUUCUGCCCCCUCUGCAUUCAUCUCUUCAUUCUCCUGUUCAAUCUUCUCUUCACUAUCCAUUUAUCACUUCUCUUCAUUCUCCUCUUCGUCAUCCUAUGCUUGGGGCUUCACAGAUGGAGGAGCCCGAGGAAAAUAUUGUAGGUGCCACCCAUAAGUCUUACAUCCCGCCAAUCCAAAUGAUAAAAGAAAGACCACAUAUGAUAGCUGCUCCAACACCUAUAAUCCAACCUGGGUAUAGUUAUCAAUCUAAAGCCGCUGUUCCACUGUCUAAGGACUUGCUAACGCUUCUUAAAGAAACACUUAUGCACCAAAAUGCAAUUCUGGAAGCGAUACAACGACAUUUGAACAGCGCUGACGCCAAUGUAGGAACUUCCAGAGUACUCUACACGUCGGAGGAGCCCAAGCUGGGGGCAUCACCUCCAAAAUUCUGCCCUGAACCGAUCAAGGUUGAAGAGCCCGUUGUAGGGUCUCCAAAAAAAACUGAUUGCAAUAAACAGAGAAUUACUAGAAUGUCUCCAGCUAUUGAAGCUCUCAUCGAAGGAAUACCCAAAAUUCAAAAAAUUAAAGAGAUGGAACAACUGGAGAAAACAGACGAUUUUGGGAAUGAGCAGUUGGCUAGAAUUGAUAAAUGGAGGAGAGACGAGACCAGUGACAGACCUCUGAAGGAAGCCAGACCCAAUCUCAACGGACGGCAGAGGAAAAGGGAAUUGAAGAAGGCGAGCGAGAGCAAGUCUCCUUGAACUUUUAACGAUAGUAAUACUAUUUUUGUAUUUUUUAUAUGAUAAUUUUUUUAUAUUGUUUAUAUCAGUGCGAUCCGUUUAGUAUGAUUGAAUCGAAUAAAUUGUGACAGCGAAA